AUGUCAUCUGUGAGCAGUGAUGAGGAAGAGGUGGAGUACAGAGGGCCAUACCGUCCAGAUAUGGCGAAGGUGAAGGCGAAGCUGCGCAAUUUGCCCACACUGGAGCGCCUGCUGGCGGAGAAGGAUCCGAAUGAAUACACAGAGGAACAAAUGAACACCGCCCUCACAUUUAUUAACGCUAUUGCCGAAACACAACCAACAACGGUGGAGCAGAUUGAACAGCAGCUGCGGAAACUUAUGAAAAAACACCGCGCUGUUGUGAAGAAAUCACUUUUACUCGCAGCUUACAGAAAGUGGUUAUUGGAAGAAGAGAAUAGGAACGGCAGUGCGGUUCUCGAGCGGUACUUUGUCUCCAAGGCCCCACGCAGUCAAUCGGGUGUACUUGUCGUGACGGUCUUCACCUCUGCCUAUCCAGAAGGGCAGAAGUUCAGUUGUAAGUGGAAUUGUUACUAUUGCCCUAAUGAACCGGGACAACCACGCAGUUAUUUAUUGAACGAACCCGGUGUGCGUCGUGCGAAUCGAUUGGAGUUUGAUCCCUAUAGGCAAUUUCAAGAUCGUGUGAAGUCACUUGUGGCGAUUGGCCAUCCAGCUGAUAAGGUGGAGUUGCUUGUGUUGGGUGGUACAUGGGAAAGUUACCCACUCUCAUAUCGUGAAUCCUUUAUCCGCGAUCUCUUCUACGCCGCAAAUACACUGUAUGAUGAUCCUAACGGUGAUGAUAAUAAUAAUAAUAGUGAUGUUGGAAAUUAUAAUAAUCAUAAUCAUAAUGACAACUGUAUGGCACGAAGAGGACACAUACGACCACCACUGGAUUUGCAGCAAGAGCAGUUACUGAACGAGACGGCGAAGUGUAAAAUCAUUGGUGUUACUCUGGAAACACGCCCAGAUACAGUGAAUGAGGAAAUGUUAACACAAUUACGUCGUUUUGGUUGCACCCGUGUACAACUUGGUGUACAACACACAGAUAAUGCUGUACUUUUGGCUGUGAAUAGACAGUCUACACGUGAAGAUGCGGUUCGAGCUAUUAAACUUUUAAAAGAUAGCUGUUUUAAGGUUGAUAUUCAUCUGAUGCCAGAUCUUCCAGGAUCUACACCAGAGAAUGAUAAGGUGAUGUUUGAUGACGUUCUUUACUCACCUGAUAUGCAAGCAGAUCAGUGGAAGAUUUACCCUUGUCAAACAACACCCUUUACUGUAAUUGAGCAAUGGUUUAAGGAAGGUAAGUAUCAACCAUAUGGUUUGGAAAACUUAAUGGAUGUCAUAUUAUAUGCAAAACGCCGUGUUCAACCAUGGGUUCGGCUUAAUCGUGUUAUUCGUGAUAUUCCACAUGAUUAUAUUCUUGGUGGAGUGGAAGUUUCUAAUCUUCGCCAGUUGCUUGGGAUGCGUCUCCAGGAAGAGGGAUCACAGUGUCAGUGUAUUCGCUGCCGUGAGGUUAAGGGAGAUGUGGAGGCGGCAGCUAAACUUCAAGGGGCAAUAUUAGUAGAACGUCGGUACUCGGCAAGUGAAGGAGAAGAGAUAUUUAUCUCAUACGAAACGGAAGAUAAAAAGACGUUAUUUGGUUUUCUUCGAUUGCGUCUCCACAUUAAGAAUUGGAUUACACCAUUUGAAGAACUACGACCAUGUGCGUUAAUUCGUGAACUCCACGUGUAUGGUUCUCUCGUCCCCACACAUAAAGAGGCGGAUGCGGCGAAGGCACAACACCGUGGAGUGGGCACAUUAUUAUUACAACGAGCGGAGAGUAUUGCCCGUGCGGAAGGGUAUGAUAAGAUUGCUGUGAUUAGUGGUGUUGGUGUACGGAACUAUUACCGCCGGAAAGGGUAUGUAAUGGCGGUAACAACACCCGCAAGUUACGGAGCCUUUCUCAUAAAGGAAUUGCAGGAAAGUAAAGAUCAUAACACACAUGAGGAAGGUGGAGCGUGUAUGAACAUGAAUGGAAACCAAGCAAAUGCCCCCACUACCGCCAUAAAAACAACAACAACAACAGUAACACCAAUAACUACGGAUAAUAAUAAUAAUAAUAAUAAUAAUAAUAAUAAUAAUAAUAAUAAUAAUAAUAAUAAUAAUAAUAAUGGAAUUAGUAAUUGUAGUAUGAGUAAUAGUAAUAGUUCUGGUGAUGGUGUUGAUGGUGUUGGUGAGACAGCGGCCAAUACGGGUGGCUGGUGGAAGCGUAUCACUCAGUUUUGGGGACGGUGGAAACGUCCACGUGAUGAGGAGUAA